AUGAGUUCAAAUGCAACUGCUGAGAGAUUAAAGCAUGUUUAAGAGUUGAGGAAGGCUCACUUUCACUUUGGAUUUGAUGAAGACACAAAUCAUCAAUCUGUGGCAAAGCAACCUAUGCCAAUGUAGAAGACAGCUAAAGUGAGACCUAUGACAUCUGUUGUGGAGAAGGAUUAAAAGUUGGAACAACAGUAGCCCCAGUAGCCAAUAUAGGCUCCGAAAUUGCAACAAAAUCAUUUUCAUUUGGGAGAUGACAAACCGAAAUUAGAGUCCAUUUAAAAAUCUGACUUUUAAAGACCUUAGAGUGCAGCUAUUGCGAAAUUAAGUGAUGAAACCAAGAAGGAUUUACGAUCUCAUCAUUUCUAAUUAGGUUACCAUGAUACCAAUAAGCCAACUGAAUAUGAAUAGAAUUUUGGGAAUUAAGGCAAAAACAAUUUUAAGAAGGCUGAUAAUGCAGAUUUACGUUAAACAUCAUCACGACUUUGGGGAUACAAAUAAUUACUACUCGUCGAUGCUUUAUUAGGCUAGGGAUACUCAAAAGAAAGAAUGGCAGAAAUGAAUGUGCAAUUAAGGAAAACUCAUCUGGUUAUGGGAAGAGAUGACAAUGGUUACACAACCCAGAAUUAAGCUAUAUAUGGGAAACCAUAAGUGCAAGUCAACAAUUUCCAAGACAAAACCUAACAACUAGUUAGAAACACGCAUAUAACUAUGGGCACAGACAGAGUCGAAUACACAAGUUAGGCUAAGGCAUCUCAUGUAGGCAAUUAAGGAGAUAGAUCCAUAUUAAAUGAGGCACAAUUAAAGGAUUUAAGAGCAACUCAUUUUUAAGUAGGAAAUGAAUAAGCUGUCAACUAUCAAUCAGCUUAUAGAUCCUAGUUCUCAGAUAGAAAAGGACAAUAAGAAUAGGUUAGGAAUCCUUAAUUACAAUCAAAUCAUUUUGAUCUUAAAGAUGAAGUUGUGAGACCUACAGUUUAAGAACAUUAUAAAAGCACAUAUAAUCAAUAAUUUGAUGGAUAAAAGGCUGAGAAAGUUAAUCCAAUAGUGGAUAAUUCUAAGAAUAUCAUGAUCGGAAAUGAUAAAUUGAGUUAUUAGAGUGAGGCUUAAGCAAGGUUCAGAGAUUUCCAUUCGAAACCAGGAAAAUUGUAGGAAGAAGUCUAGGCUGAGUUGAGGAAACAUCACUUUAAAUUUGGAACUGAUGAAGACACUACAGAAUCAGUGGCAAAGGCAUAAUUCAAGAAUCCUCAUGGAUAGCCAAGUAAGAUGGAUGCAGAAAUGAAAAAAGAUUUGAGAACUCAUCACUUUUAAUUAGGAUAUUGUAGAAAUGAUUACUAAACUCAUUAGAAAGAAUUCGGAUCAAAACAAGGGCCACCAAAUAAGUUACCUCCAGAGAUGGCAUAGAGAGUCAGAUAGAGUUCAUAUUAGAAUUGA